AUGUCAAAAGUUUUAAUUUUUUUUACAAAUUUUUUAUUAAUAUAUCUUUCUAAUUUUCCAUUAUAUAUUAAUAAUGAGCAUUUAAUAAAUAUUAUAAAUUAUGAAAUAUACAAUUUUAAUAUGGUAUCUAGUUUAGUUAUAAAACGAACAUUAACAGAAAUGUUAAUAUAUAAUAGUAAGUCACAAUUAAAGGACUCACAAAUAAAUAAAAAUACUCAUGAUAAUGAAAAAAAUAAAAUUAGUUCACCUCAAACAGAAUUGUUAAGAACUUCAAAAAAUGAAUCAAAUAAUAAUAAUUCAGAAAAUACUAACAAUUAUAAUAUAACUAAAAGAGAAGAAACUUUGGAAGAUUUGCUGAAAGAAUAUGAUGAAGACAUGAAAGAAAUAAAUAAUAAUAAUAAAAAAAAAACUUUUUUUAAAAAAGCAAAACUUGUAUUGGAAGCCUUUGAUAAUAUUUUUAUAGACAAGUUAAUAGAUGCAAAUAUACAUAAUAAAAAAUCAGAAUUAAAAGAAGAUGUAAUUGAUAACUCUCUAGCACUUUGUGGUUCUUUAAUUUUAGCUAUACCAAUAUUUUCAUAUUUUUGUAAGCGCAUUAAUUUUUUUCAUUCACCACAAUAA